AUGGAAAGGUACAAGAUCCAUGUGAAGUUGAGAUUGUUAUACAAAGUGAAUAGUUUAGCGAGGGAGCAAUUAUAUGGUGGGUUUCCUGAGUCCUAUCCAGCUCUUCCAAAGUAUGCUGAAAUGAUAAAGUCCACAAAUCCUGGGUCUUAUGCUCUGGUUACAUGGACUGACAGUUUGCAAUUUAAGGCCUGUUUCAUAUCUUUUGCAGCUCAAGUGAGAGGAUUCUUAGGUGGUUGUAGACCUAUCAUAGGAAUAGAUGGUGCACAUUUAAGUGGGUAUUACAAAGGGGUUAUGCUCACUGCGGUUGCAAUAGAUGGGAAUAAUGAGAUCUUUGUGUUAGCCUAUGGGAUUGUUGACAUAGAGAGCAUAGAAUCCUGGACUUAUUUUUUCAGAAACUUGAGGUGCUUGUUUGCUCAGUAUGAAUCUCAGAAGGAUGACUGGACUUUUAUCAGUGACAGGAUGAGGGGGGUUGAAUCAGCAUUGUUUAAGGUGUUCCCAAGAGCUAUAAGGAGAAUAUGCUACCAACAUUUGUACUCAAAUUGCAAGGCUGCUGCAGGAUGGAGUGGGGCAGCAUUUCAUAAGAUGUUUCGGAUUGCGGCAAAUGCCUACAAUGAGUACUCAUUCAAUGCAAUAACAAAGGCCAACAGGGACAUGCCUGUGUUGACAUUGCUGGAAGAUGUCAGGAAUUGGUGCAUGAAAAGGAUGGGUUCCAGGUUCGAUAAAGCAGUAAGCAUGGAACCUAAUGAUCUAACAGAGCAUGCAAAGGGGGUGCUGGCGACUAGGACUGAUGAUUCUAGGUUCUGCCAUGUCACUGCAGCUGGUGGUGGAGAGUUUGAGGUGAGGGAUGGCCAUGUCAACUUCCCUGUCACCCUUGGAAAUAUGACUUGUGGGUGUGGGAAAUGGCAAGGAUCAGGGAUCCCUUGCAAGUAUGGGCUAAGGGUCAUUUACAACCAGAGACUUGAUCCUAGGGACUUUGUAUCCCCUUUCUACAAGGGGGCUGCUUAA